UGGUGGUGUGAAAAUGUUAAAUAUGGAUGAGAGUCAGAUGCAAGAUAUUUGUCGUGUGUGUCGAUCUGAAGCCACUAGUGAAAAGCCACUCUUUCAUCCAUGUAUUUGUACUGGCAGUAUAAAAUUUAUUCACCAAGACUGCUUACUGCAAUGGCUGAAAUACAGCAGAAAAGAAUAUUGCGAAUUAUGCAACCACAGAUUUUCUUUUAUGCCUAUUUAUUCUCCAGAUAUGCCAAACAGACUUCCAAUAAAAGAUAUAUUCAGUGGUCUCUUACGUAGUUUGAUAACAGCCGUUAAAUUUUGGCUUCAUUACACAUUAGUUGCAUUUGCAUGGUUGGGAAUUGUUCCUCUCACUGCAUGUCGAAUAUAUCGAUGCCUAUUCACAGGUUCAUUAAGCUCAAUUUUAACUUUACCCUUUGAUAUGGUGUCCUCAAUAUCAGAAUUCUUCCCCCCAUUAGAUUCAUUUGCAAAUGAAGAGAAAAUAGAAAAUCUGUUGUCCGAUAGCUUAUAUGGGUGUUGUGUCGUGACGUGUACAUUGUGUGCCUUUAUUAGUCUCGUAUGGUUACGAGAACAAAUACUUCAUGGUGGAGGUCCAGAAUGGUUGGAACAAGAACAUGAUCUCAUACAUAACAUACUUGAUAAUCCCAUUGAAUUUGUGAAUAACUUGCAAGCUAAUCCUCCUCCUGCCCAGGACAUCCCUGAAAAUGUUGACGAAGAUGAGCCAAAUGUUGGAAAUGAAGGAAAUAACGGGGCCCAAGGUGAAAAUGGUGCCCAAGCAGACGUCAACAAUUGGAAUCCUAUCGAAUGGGAUCAUGCAGCAGAAGAAUUAACUUGGGAAAGGCUAUUGGGCUUAGACGGAUCACUAGUAUUUAUGGAGCAUGUGUUCUGGGUUGUGUCAUUGAAUACUUUGUUUAUAGUUGUUUUUGCAUUUUGUCCUUACCAUAUUGGUCAAUUUUCUCUGGCAUUUUUUGGACUCAAAGAAUAUAUCAAAGCACCUGAGUUCGAAGGAUUGCUCACCACCCUCUUUGGCUACAUCAACGUAGGGGUGGCUUUGGCGGUUCUUCAUGGCGCUGCUGCCCUGAUUCGCCUGCACAAGACUCGGAGGUUGCUGGGGAUAUGCUAUGUCGUUAUCAAAGUGUCCCUCCUUUCCGUCAUAGAGAUAGGAAUUUUCCCGUUAGUGUGUGGAUGGUGGUUAGACAUUUGUUCUUUGACCAUGUUAGAUGCAACCAUUCAUGAUCGUGAAGCUGGGUUCAAGCUGGCUCCUGGUACAUCUAUGUUUAUUCACUGGCUAGCAGGAAUGGUGUAUGUGUUUUACUUUGCUUCAUUUAUUUUGCUAUUGAGGGAGGUUUUAAGGCCCGGUGUGCUCUGGUUUUUGCGUAAUCUGAACGAUCCCGAUUUCAACCCGAUCCAAGAGAUGAUUCAUUCUCCCAUCUUACGUCACAUUCGCCGAGUAGUGGUGUCUCUUAUUACAUUUGGGACAACAAUUUUGCUUGUAGUUUGGCUCCCCGUUCAAAUCAUCGAGAAAAUAGCUCCAGGUUUUCUUCCUUACUAUGUAAUGUUGUCCGGAGAAAUGCCUUACAGUGAACUAUCAUUAGAGUUAGUCUUGCUACAAAUAGUACUUCCUGGUCUUUUGGAACAAGGACACAUGAGAACUUGGUUAAAACUUGUUGUGCGGGCAUGGUGCAUUGGCGUCUCGUACAUUCUAGACAUCCGAUCCUACCUUCUUGGAGACGUGAAUCUUGAUGAGCAGCCUGCUGGGGAAGCAGCUCCCGUGCCACCGCCUCCAGUAGAUGCUGAAGGCGAAGACAGGUUCCAACAGAAUGCUGCUUUGGCAGCUGCCCACCAGGCCCUCUUCCAACCUAUCAGUCCAUCUGGCUUCCAGCCAUACAAAAAGCCAAGAUUUUUACCAUUUAAGAUUGUAUGUUUGAUUCUUUGCAUUUGUGUCAGCUUAACAUUGGGAAGUUUGAUAAUGAUCACAGUUCCUGCAUUCGUGGGCCGUAAAAUAAUGGCCCUUUGGCUGGGAAACACCAGGGUACAUGAGUUGUACACCAUUGGUUGUGGAAUGUAUGUAUGGUGGAUAGUUCUGCGCAUAUGCACACUUUUAUGGAGCUGGAUUCCAAAAGGAUGGAGCACAAUAUCUGCUAAAUUAUCUGAAUGGCUUACUAUUGGUGUGAAAGUGAUCUGUUCCAUGAGUGUGCUUUUGGGUGUAAUUCCUGUAUUGAUGGGCUUAAUGCUAGAUCUUAUCAUCACAGUUCCAGCCAGAGUGUCACUGAACCAGACUCCUCUCAUUUCAGUUUGGCAGGAUUGGGCUAUUGGUGUUUUGCUUACAAAAACAAUAUGUGCAGUUGCUCUAGUUGGCCCUAAUUGGUGGAUGAAAAGAACCAUUGAACAGGUAUACUUGGGUGGUAUACGCAACAUCAACUUGAAAUUAAUAUUCAUCGACCUUGCUUUACCUGUAAUAAUAUUCUUGGGUUUAUCCCUUUCAAUUCCUUACAUAAUUUCCUGGAGCAUUGUCCCGAUGUUCACAUCCAGUUUUGAGUUACAAAAUGCAAUAUAUCGAAGAAUAUAUCCUGCUAUGUUGACUCUAUUCAUCAUUUCAAUGGUCAUCAGCUUUCAAAUUCGUCAAUUCUUCCGACUAUAUGAACACAUAAAAAAUGAUAAAUAUCUGGUUGGCAAGAGACUAGUGAACUACGAUCACAGAAAAGUGGAGAAGGUGGAGCCGGAAGAAGAAACCGUGGCAUCAUGAAAUCGGUCAUGUCCUAUGAACAUUUUUAAAAAAAAUAUCGGGUAUAUUUCAAAGGAAAUUAUUCGGACUCUCAUCAGCUUCCGUUAUCGAUUCCCUAGGUCUGCAGAAGACUUAUAGUGGGUCUGCUGUUCACUAAAACCUUUACCGAAUGAAGUGUGAGCUUUAGUGAUCUUAUCUCAUUAGUUUUAACAAUAAAGACAUACCACUCUUUUUAGGUAAUGUUUCACAUUGAUUCCUCACUUUUAAAUUUGAGUGCCAGCAAAAUUUGAGCGUAACCAUUAUUAUGUGCAUGAGAAAUUUAAUCGGAAAUGCAAAAAUUUACUUAUCUGUGAUUUAAUAAACUGUAUUGUUUUAGAAUGCAAAAGAAAUUUUAUUGAAGGUGGGAGAGGACUUUUAGUGUGCCUAAAAUACAAAUAGCUAUUUGGCAUGUUUAAUUUUAUCUUGUUGAAGGAUUUUCUAUUUUAAAUUGUUAAUCUUUCUUUUUUCUUUUUAUAAUUUUAAGUAUUUUAAGUUAUACCGUUGGAUUUUCUUUCUUUUUGUUAAAAAAAAACCCUUUGAAAUUACUUUUAUACUUUGCACAAAGCAAAAGAAAUCUACCAUUUUGUGCUUGCUUUCUCUUUUUUAAAUGGUAUUGCAAUCAGAGCAUUUUUCUCCUAAAACUCAGAUAUUUUGUUUUAGUACCUUUUCAUCUGUAAUUAAAUUUCACUAAUAUGUAGGUAAAUGAUGUUUCUGGCUGUCUAUAUUUAAUAUUAAGAAUAGCAAAUAAUUAUUUAAAAACAAGUUUUCCCAUAUUUUUGUACUGUAUUUACACCUAGUUCAAGUGAGGAUUGUUUGGAGGAUUUUAAAGAAAUCUUCCAAAGAAGUUAAUCUCAUUUGAAAAUUUCAGGAUUUUUUUUUUCUCUUCAUUGAUGAUUGGUUUUCUUUUAACCUAUCCACCAUGGCUCUAAGGUCAGAUCUAAUUUCAUCAUUACAUUUUCCUCCAUAUGCAUUAUAUCCAGUUACAAAGUCACAAACCUAUUUCAAAAAUAUAAAAAUUUAAAAAAUAGAAAACUACCUUAUAUGUGUUGAAAACAUUCUUUAACAUUGUCUUAUAGAUAUCUUUUUUCUAUCAGAAAUAAUGAUUUGUGUAGUUUGGGGUUAAAACUUUGAAUUAGGAAAUUUGAAUAAUAUUUCAGUUUUGUCGAAAAUAAAUCAUUAAACUUAUUGAUCCUUCUACCAAGGCAUUAGAAAUGGCUUAAUGGAUUAAGCUUUGCUAAUAAAAACUUAUUAACGUUCAAAGUAUAUGUACUGUAGUUUCUGUUAGUUGUAAAAAAAAAUACUUUUGCUAAGAGCUGUAGUGAAAUUUGGUUAAGUUUCAUCUCCCACCAGUCAAAUUCGUAAUUUCUUUUUCAUACCUGGUUACAUUAACCAUUUAAGAAACGACAAUUUUUUUAAGUCCAACAUGGGAAUAUGAAGCUAUUUUAUGGUAUCUUUUCGACAUUUGAAUUUGAAGGUUUGGUGUUUUUAAAUUGUUGUAAGAUGUAUUCUGCCAUGCUAAGCUCAAAAGUCAUAACUGCACUUUUUAUCAAAAUUGAGUUACGUCAACAAAUAGUUCUUGUGACAUAUUUCAGCUAAAUGCAAUUUUUUAAGAUCAUUUGUCAGUGGGAAAUAUUUUUGAAAAUUUUCUGAAGAAGUUACAUUUGAAUGAAAUACAUGGUGGGGUGCAAAACUUCAAACGGCAAUUUCUCAUUUUGAACUCGGCUGCAGAUACGACUUUUGCUCUUAGCAUUGCAGUAUUGCUAUGUUUUUGAAAAGUAAGAAAUUCAUCUUCCAUUGUCCUCCCUCUUUGGAAUUGUAAAUUAAAACCCUGAUUUUUGCUUUUAACUUAACUUUUUGAGCAAUUCUGUGAAACAAAAUAUUUUCAUCAAAAUUUUCAUGAUAUUCAGUUGAUUGUCAUAUUAAGUUUAUCGUAAAUAGUGAAAUUCAAUUUGUAAUAUUGCUUAUGAUUGUUGGAAGAAAAAUCCCUUACGAAGUUAACAAACAUAGUUUUAACAUAAUGUUUGCAUAGAUUGUUUUAAUUGGAAGGAAUUUAAAAAUUUUGCAUUUUUACACGGAAUGUAAAAAAAAAAGUCUGCUUCUAGGUGCACUUUUCAAACUUAGAUUUUCAACUGAGAAUUCUCUAUUAUUUUCUUAAAGCUUUUGUCUCGUUUAAUUUAGCCGACAAAAGUGAUUUUUAAAAACAUUGCCAUUAUUUUUAAUUUAAAAACCGUGGUAUUUAUUUAUCAAAAUUUAUGUUUCACUUGUGAAACAUAACUUUAUGCAAUAUUUUUCACGUAAAAAAUAUCCUGAAAUUUUAUUUCAAUGUGAUAAAUGAGAGAUGAAUAAAUAAUCACUCUGUUUGUUAUAAAACAUUUAGCAAUUAUUUGUAAAAAUAAUUUUUAACAAAAAUUAGUAGAAGAAACUCAUACUCCCAUGUGCUAUUAAUUAUUGCUCUUUUUAUUUUUCAAAUAUUAUAAUUAUCGCUAAAUAAUAUCCUGUAUGAGUAUAGUCAUUUUUAAUUGAAAUUUAGAUUUUCAAUGAUCUCAGUUUUGUUCAGUUAUAUUUAGUACUUCUAUAUCUUGUUUUAAUAUUCAUUGCAUAAAAAUAAAGUUUAUAUAUAUAUUUUUUUCUUUUUUGAAAAUAUUGUAGUUAAUAUGAAAGCUUUUUUUUUUAAAUUUUAAUUAUGUAGGUGCAAAGUGUUUUAUUUCUUGCAUUCAAAGCAUUGUGAGAUUGCUUUAAAGUUAAUUGAAUUGGGUGUUUCAUUUCAUCAUUUGUGCAUUCAUUUUGCUUCUUUAAAAAUAUUCAUUUUAUGGAUUGAGCAGUUCUUGCUUUAGAUUCAGGGGCAGGAUAUAUAUCAAGAAAUUUCCUACUGAGUGGUUAUAAAAAAGUUUCUGUUAUACAGUCAAAAAGCAAACAAAACUGCUAAAAUUGCACUAUAUUUUAAGUUGAAGUCAACUAGCAGGUUAUACACCUUGAAAUAUAUACCUCAUGUAGAAGUAUUAAUUGAAGUAUUUAGAUGGUUAUUCUAAUUUAGAAACAAAUUUUUGCAUUAUCACAAAAUAGACAAAGCAUUUAAUAUCAAAUUCAGUUCUCUUCAGGAAGUACUGAUGAUGAAGAUUUCAAUCCUUUUUCUAAGGACAAGAUGAUAGUUAUGGUACAAUAGCCUUAUAAACUUGGGCCCAAAAGACAUUUUGUAACUCAAUACAACAUUUUGUAUAAAGCUUUAAAAACAUUAUCUUUAAAAAAUUAUUUCUCUUGAUUUUUUUUUAAUUGCUUAAUAUUUAAAUGGUUAAUGGUUUAGUUAGUGAACAAAAAAAGACAAAAAGAAAAAACUUUGUGAAACAUAUGCUGUACAAGAUAAGGCUGGAGAUUUUACAAAAGAAUUUGGGCUUCUUCAAUCUUCCACUUAAUGUGCAACAGAAAGUUAAUAAGCUCCCACAUAAUUCAUAAAUAUUUAAUUUUGUUUUAAUUUGCUUUAGUGCAAUGUAAACACCGGCAGGUGGCUGCUGAUUUCAUGUUCACUGCUUUUGGUCAUUCUUUCUUGGUUGGUUUGGAGAGCCUCUUUUGUGUGGGAACUCAAGUGUUGGAAGCAAUGUCUUCCACUUUCGUAAAACACCUUUGCAGGUUAACUGUCGGGCAUUUUGUACAGUUAACUUUAAAGUUGAAGCUAAGGAUUUAAUAAUUUAUUCUGUGGAUUUUUCAUUAGUAAAUGCUUAGAAAAUCUAUGCUCAAUUUGUUUUCUAUUACCCCCCCCCCCCUCCCCGAUCAUGAAUUAGUUUGCUUUCAACUGUAAAAUCUCCAAAUGGCUUUGGACUGUAAUAAUUAUUUCUCAUUGCCGCUCCAAUAUGUGUAAUAAACCUAUUCUGAUUUAGAAAUUUACAGGAAUUAAAGAAAUUCAAAGGAGCGUAUGCUUAAAAAAGAAAAAUACAAGUACUUCAAUGAUUGAAAAUUUAUUAAAAUAUUGAAUAAUGAUACUUUACAAAACCAUUGAUUUUUUUUUCUUUUGAAGAGACAAAACUAGCCAAUAAGUUUGGUAUUCUGUGAAUUAAAGCAAUAAUAUUAUUAAAAGGUUUAUGAAAUAUUUUAUUUGCUUUUGUAAUUAAGUAGUUGCUACAAAAGCUGUGUUGUUAUCCUAAUAUUUUUGGUGGAAACACUGGUGCUUUUUAUCUGGAAUGGAGAUUAAUGUAUUAUGCAUUGUACCAUUUAGUAAGCUUGAUAAUCAAUAACAAAGGCAAUUACAUGAUAUAUUGAGAAAUAAUUCCAUAUAAUUACAAAUAUUGUUAAUUAAAUUUUUUUAUUGAACCACACAAAAAAUAUUUUACUAUGUCAUUUUAUCAUUAUAACUACUUUAAUUAUUAUUUCAUUUCUCAUUAAUAUUUUCCUCUUUGUACGUUUCAUUUUCUUAAUAUACCGUGCAAGAACUUUGUAAAUGUAUUUUUCUGUAACUGUAACCUCUUGUUGCAAAAUUUUUAAUUUCCUUAUUACUAAUUGUCAUUGUUAUUUUAUUACAUAUGUUUCAAUGGAUAAUAUAAAUAUAAUUUACUUGCCUUUAAAAAAAUUGUACCGAGAGUUUAGUAGCGAAAUUUUUACAAAGAUGCUCGCUGUACAUUUUUUAGAGAACUAAUGCUGAAAACUAUUCAAUUGUGAAUUAUAAUACUCUUUACAUAUUUUCCAUUUCAUUCAUUUGCCCCCCUCCCCCCCCCCCCCUUUUUUUCUGAAGCUAAAAUAAAGUUUUGUUCAAAUUAUCUUUUUGUUAAAAUUUAUUUUUUCUUUUGCCAUUGGAUUUUUUUUUAUUCAAACAAAAAAAGUAAUAAAGAUACACGUCACUUUUUUAUUUAUGCUGUCACAUUCUACUUUUAGAAACAUAUUUAUUGAUCCUUAAUAUUUUUUUAAUUUAACCAUUAAAAAUUCCUUAAAAUCCUUUUACAUUAAGAACUAAAUAUGAACUUAAAUAAAAUUUCUGCGAGUUGGAAACCUGAUAUGAAGUUAUUGAACAAAAUAGAUUAUGACACCCAAUAUGAGAAGAACAUUUCUUCUAUGGAACUUGAUAGUUGUCAUUAUUGUUGUUAUAAUGUUUAUAUCUGAUAAAGUGUUUUCGACUGACCUUUGGAGUUGUAAAAUAUGUUAUCCUGUAAAGUCUGAAAAGUUUUAUUUUCAGGUUGUACAUAAUUACUUUAUAUAAAUGCUUACAUUUUGCAAAUGAGAGCUAGGUUGACUGGGAUAUUGUUGCUUGCUUGCGAGAAAAUAUGCUGUUUCUCUUAUUUUGCUGCAAAAUGGCAUGAGCACUACUUGAAAUUUAAACUGUGAGGUAAGAAUUCAGGAAUCAAUUAUUUUUAAAUUGAAAGCUUUCUUAGAUGAGGGUUGGGGAAAAAAAAAAAAGAAUCUUGAAAUAUAACUGAUGGAAGAAAAAAAAAAAGCUCUUGUUUUAUGUAGCCAAAUUAAUUUUAAUUUACAAUUACGUUUUAAGUUGAGCAGGAUUGACUUCCUACAAGCGAAUCAUAACCAGCCUACUGUGAAAUAUGUUUUUGAAUUAAUUCUAAAAGCAUUAUAUCAGGGCUUAAAAAAUCUCAAUUUUUAUAAAUAACACUAAAAACUACAUGCUUGAAUAAAGGUUUUACAUGCACAGGCAUCUAAAACUAUAUAAAAAUAUUUAAAUAAAACAUAGCAAAAUAUACAAGUAUCUACUAGUGAUAUAUCCACAAAGAAUCAUCUGAAAGCAUUAUAAGUACGUUAAUUAUUUUUAUUUUACAUAUAAAUGAGUGAAAAGAUGUUAUACAGACGUAACAACGUGUCAACUUGUGAUAAUAAUGGCCAAUUGUUUAUAAACUAUAUAUGCAUAUAAGGAGCAAAAAGAAAUUUGAAUUGAAAAGAGCCUUGUGUAUGUCUACUGGCCCUCACAUGAGGAACGUUGGGAUGUUUUGCAAUAAAAUGCAUCUUAUUUACUUUUUAGAAACGUAUUUCUUUAUUAAUUAUUUACAUGCCAGCAUGUAAAGGAGGAAACUUGAAGCACGGUUUUAAUUUUUACAUGCCCCAAGCAUGUUGGGCAUUAUGAUUUUCAAGUUGUGCUAUAUAUGCAUCUUUUUCUUUUCUUUUUUUUAUGGGGGGGGGGGUUCCAAUACAAGGUUUAUACAAUAUUCAUUUUUUUUUCACAUGUGGUUUCAGGUCUUUUAAGGUACUUAAUAUUUCCCAAACUUAAAAAAAAAUUGUCCUCAAAAGGAAGAAGAGGUAGUACAUUUAUUUUGUGAACAAGUACUUUUUUAAUAAAAUCAUAAAGCAGGAGAAAAUAGUAGCUUAGCAUGGUGUUAAGUAUAAAUUAAUAAAAAGUCACCCUGGAAGAAUUUGUUUUUUUCUCCCUCUUUUCACGUGCAACAAAAUGUUUAUAAUUUUCAAAAAAGAUUUUUUUUAUUUAUGCCCUUUUUAUGAAAUGUCUGUUUAUAUAAUGUAAUUUGAAAUGGUGCUUUUUUGCGUUUAUUGUGAUCAUAAUUAGAAUUUGGCUGAAGAAAGCGUUAAACCAACUGCAGUUGUGUAUAUGUGUAUGUAACUAGUUGUGGCAUUCUUUAAACCUCAAAAUGUCCACUACAUUUUUACGCAAAGUAGCACAAGUGUAAUGGAAAGAAAGAAAAAUCAUGUUUGGCAUGGUAUAUAUGUUGUUAAUAUUGAUUCUGAAUCAUUACAGUUCUGGAAUGCUUUUUCAUACUACUAAGAAUGAUAAUAUGGGCAUUCUGGCAAAAGUCAUUUAGUCCACAAAAAAUAAUUUGAUGAAUCACAGAUGAAUUAAGGCUUUGCAGUUGAAUAUUUCAUGAUGUAAAUUUAAAAGUUACAUGAAUAAAUUUACUGUAAGAGUUAGAGGUCUGUAAACUAAUUUUUGCUUUUCCUCGUAACGACUUAAAAGUUUUAAUUGAUAAUGUCUCAAAACUGGACUUUUGAACUUUGGUUUUUGCCUGAAUGCCCAUGAUAUAAGAAAGAAAAUGUAUACAUAAAAAUCACUCUUAUAACCUUUAAGAAAAUAGCUGUUUCAGGGUUGAACAAUUUUUUUUGCUAAAUCUAAUUUCAUAUUGUGCUGUUUUUUUUUUUUAGUUAUUAUUUACUGAUGUUUUUAACUAUAUGCAAACAUGAGAAACAAGUGCUAUGCCCUCUUUUUGUAAAAUAGAAAAAAAAAAGUGCUAACAUUAGCGUAACAGGUGUUGGCAUAGAGAAAAGUUUGGCUUUGAAAAAUUCGGAAAGUAACUUUCCAUGUGAUGUCUUUUCAAAACCGUUUGUAUGAUUCUGUACAUUGUUGUUCUCUUUUGUUGAGCCAUUGAUUGUAUAUACGUGUUCUUUCGACGAGAAGUGGAGAGUCUGUGUUCCCACGAUGUAUUUUUCAUUUUUCUGCUCGGAGCACGAAAUUGUGUCUUACUUGUAUAAUUUAUUCAUCUGUUUGCAAUAUGGUUGAGAAAUUCUCCUUGUGUUGUUAGUGUACAUAUUUAGUAAAUAAAAUGGAAUUUUGUUUGAA